UUUGGGACAGCCAUUGUGAGAAUCGUUCGUUCUACGCACGCUCCAGGGUCAUUACGGCAAAUAUUCUUCGCCGUCGAGACCAUAAUUGCUGUGGUAGCACUGUCAUCAUGUGAGUGCGUGUAUUCGAGCGCUCGUUCGAGUGCCGCAAGGCCCUCGCACCAUCAGAUACCGUGGUCACUUAACCUAAUUUAUUCAUCGCUUCUCUGGAAUCGAGAAUAACAUAAAUACGACGCACCUCUUCUUCAAUUCCCAAUACUCCAAUGUCUCUCAUCAAAGUCCCUCUUCUAUUUUCCGACGCUAUUGGCAUGCGUAUCACAGGGAAACCUCCCAAUGACCCCCUCCCUCUCAUCGAGCACAUCGUGCCCGAUUGGAGAGAGAAAUUCCUCAAGAGUCUAGCAUGGCCCUGCGUAAUUCUGAGAGCAAUAUAUUGGUCCGCCGGCAUCAUUGAAAUGGCCGUUAUCGUCGCUAACCACACGCCGUCAUUGGCCGUGUCACGGUUCAUCACGUCCACCAUCGUAUUCAACAACAGGAAUCACGGAAUCGCUAUAACUCCUCUAUUCCUCUUCGGAAACUUCCUCACGAUUGUGGGAACCGCGAUUCGCCUGCAAUGCUACCGCACGCUUGGGCGUUUGUUUACGUUCGAGUUAAGCAUUCGUCAGGAUCAUCGUCUGGUUUCCGACGGUCCGUACGCAGUGGUCAGACACCCCAGUUACACCGGGAUGAUCUUGACGAUUACUGGCGCCAUCUGCAGCCAGUCAAGCGGAUCGUGGGUGACGGAAUGUGGCUUUCUGGACACGUGGUUCGGGAAGGUUUUGGUGAUAUAUUGGCUAGUGGUGGCAGGGGCGGUUGUGACUAGUCUUAUUCUGAGGAUUUCUGUUGAGGACCAACUGCUCCAGAGGAAAUUUGGUAACGAAUGGGCCGAGUGGAACCGAAAAGUGCCGUAUGGUUUGAUUCCUUGGGUAUACUGAAGAAUAGAAGCAAAGCUAGGGACUGUUCCUCUCUCAUGUCGUGUUCAUCCCCACCUAUA